UAUUCAUAAAAAUAGUCACAGCAGAAUUUCAGAGGGCUAUUGUCUUAACUUGUGUAUAUGUGUGUGUAAAACAGACUGCUAAAUUUGAACAAAUAAAGAAAAAAAUGUUUUUUUUUAUGUGAUCAAUGUUGUUUCCACUGAAUUUUAGUGAGUAUAUAACAUUCUGUAGUGAAGAUUUGGUGAUAUUUGUACAGUGAAAACACAGUAAUAAGGUAAAAGGGAAAAAAGCAAAGAGUGAGAGAUGGGGGAGGGAGGAGGAAAAGAAAAGAGUCAGAAUGAGUGCGUGAAAGCGAAAAGGCAAAGGCUAGACUAGAGGGAGCACAAGAGAAAGGGACUAGGGAAAAAUUUGUGUGUGAGAAAGCGAGAGGAGGGGAGUCAACACCAGUGUGUGUGUGAGUGUGAGUGAGAGAGAGAGAGAGAGAGAGAGAGAGAGAGAGAGAGAGAGAGCAAGCAGCAGGGGGAGGAGAGCAAAGCAGCAGUGGCAGCGCUGCAUCAUCAUUACUGCCACCACAGCAGCGAGGAGAGGCAGUUUGAAGGCUGCCUCCCUGAUAUCUCCCUCUGUCUCUCUCAUGCACACACACACACACACACACACACACACACACACACACACACACACACACACGUUUGUGGACGCACACUCGCUCACUUUACACACAGUGGAAGACAGCUUUUUACAGUGAGGAGAUCCUGGUGACGUUAUCCAUCACCUCUGGAUGUUUGCCUGCCUGCCUGUGUCCGUCCGUCUCUAGGACUCGUCCUGCUCCAGAGGCUGUGGGUGUCUGCCACAGGACCAUGGACGAGGCUGCCACUUCAAGAUCUGAUGCCGCUUGUUUGGACUCUCCCCCUUUUGUUUGCUGAGACAGCUGCCGCUGUCGGCAUGGAGGAGUGUUAACAACGAAUCUGCUGGGAAAUUUUGGCAUUGUUUUUACCUCCCUUUUUCUUUGCUGGCACUGAAAGAGCAGAAGUGGAUGCCUGGAUUUUUUGGUGGCUGCGUGCCGGAGCAGAGUGCUUACCUCAGGUUUUGCAGUCGAGGGGGGAUAUGGUAAACAGCUGCAAGGGGAGGACAGUUUGCACUGCAGCAUUAGACUGGCAUCUCCUGCUCAGGGUCGGGGAUCCUUUUUGACUCUCGAGGUUGCAAACAUGCACAUAUAUCACAUCCAGCAGCAACAGAAGCAGCAACAGUCGUAGAGCCUGGCUGUACUUUUGCAUACACUGAUGAAUAACUGCUUCUUGAAGACAGGCUCCGUUAGGGGGAAAAGAUGCUGAUUUAAGAAGAACAAGAGGCACAAUUUUGUUUUUGGAUCGGAAGACGCAAUGGGCAACUUCAUGAUUAAGAUAGAGACUUGGGUGACAGGAUGACCACUGCGUUGAGCUGAAGCUGCCCCCCGUCCCUUCUCCAGUCCAAACAUGAACUCUUCUUCUGAUGUGAACCAAAGUGGUUCUCCCCCGUUCUGCCUGCUGGGUGCCGUGGGAUACUCCCAUAAGCUGGAUACCUGCGUGCUGGAGGUGGUCGUCAUCCUCUUCCUCACUGUGCUAAUCAUCGCCGGCAACCUGGUGGUGAUCUUCGUAUUCCACUGUGCCCCACUGCUGCACCACCACACCACCAGCCACUUCAUCCAGACUAUGGCCUAUGCCGACCUGCUGGUGGGCGUCAGCUGCCUGGUGCCCUCGCUGUCCCUCCUCCACUAUCUUCGGGGCCUGAAUGAGGAGCUCACCUGCAAGGCGUUUGGCUAUAUGGUUUCUGUCCUGAAGAGCGUCUCCAUGGCAUCGCUAGCGUGCAUCAGCGUGGACCGCUACAUAGCCAUCACCCGCCCGCUGUCGUACGCCACGCUGGUGACGCCAUGCCGGCUUAGGGUGUGCAUCGUCCUCAUCUGGGUUUACUCUGCUUUGAUCUUUCUGCCGUCCUUCUUCGGCUGGGGGAAGCCUGGUUACCACGGGGACAUAUUUCAGUGGUGCGCAGACUCCUGGAAGACCAACCCGGGGUUCAGCACCUUCAUUGUGGGGCUGCUCUACGCACCAGCAGCGCUCACCGUCUGCUUCACCUACGGGAGUAUAUUCAGGAUCUGCCGGCAGCACACGCGAGAGAUCACCCAGCGCCACGCCCGCUUCAGCUCGCAGACCGAGGGCGAUAAAGGUGACCAGCGGUGCGAGGGCUGCCCAGACAAACGCUACGCCAUGGUGCUGUUCCGCAUCACCAGUGUGUUCUACGUGCUGUGGAUGCCAUACAUUCUCUACUUCCUCCUGGAGAGCGCUGGGCUGUAUCACCAGAAGGUGGCAUCCUUCCUGACCACAUGGUUGGCAAUCAGCAACAGCUUCUGUAACUGUCUCAUCUACAGCCUCUCCAACAGCGUCUUCCGGAAAGGUCUAUGUCGUCUCUUUAGCCCGUUGUUUCCUUCCUGUCUCGGCUGCAUGGAUGCCAAGAAGGCUCCAGCUCCAGUCAGCCCACGACCAGACCCUUGAUGCCAAGUAUGAGUUCCCAUGAUGAUGGACUCGGCUCAGUCACUUUGGCAGCAUCGGCCCUCUGUGUGUGCUUUGCUCUCAGCUGCGUAGCAUGACACAGGUCUUUUUGGUCCCGCAGUGAAAUGUGUUGAGGACCCCCCCCCCCCCCCCAGUACGGAGCACAGAAAGGUGCCCGUGCAGAUGCCUGUCGGUCGUCUCAAAGGCUGAUUUUGUGGAAAAGAAGGCUGUGAAACUCCUUCUAGGUCUUCCUCGAAUGCUCCUCUGUGUGAUGCUGCUCUUUCAAUCAUCACAAGCUGGCGACACGAAGUAAAGUAAAGUUUGAUAUCGAUGGAAAAAGUUGGACUGCGGGGACAAGAUUCAUGUGUGUCAGUCCAGAGGAUUUAAUGAACUCUUUUGUCUGCUCUGACUUAACAACUCCCAGAUGCAAAAAAAAACAAAAAAAAGGACAAAGCACAAUGCGACUUGUGUUGUGCGAUCCACUGAAAUGCAAAUAAUAUUUUAAAUCUUUUCAAGCCUGACUGAAAUAUCUGCAAAUUGUCUUGGUUAUUUCAGGGUAGAAUUAGCAAAAAAAUGUUAAACACUUGAAACACAGUACUGAUCUGUGUCCUUCGGGGGAACUCCAGAUGCUAACGAGUUUAAUGUGUUGUGUGGAAAAUAAUUUACCAAGAAAAUCAUCUGAUAAUCAGCCUGUGUACGUGUGUGUGUGUGUGUGUGUGUGCGUGUGUGAGUUCCAAAUAUGCAUCGGAUGGACUUGAAUCUCAUUUCCCAGAGAAAAGAUUGAAGUUUAGGCAGGAGCUUGUGUGUUUUCUUCUCUAUUGAAGUUAGGUGUUAGUAGGAAGCUCCAAGUAUGUUUACACAGUCUCCGGUUUCAUACAGAAAUGUAGAUUCAAGAUUUCAGCUUUACUUUUGAAAAUGGCUGCUGGCACUUUUACAGCAGAUGGUGUAUCCUCAUCACAGAAACACUCAGUUGUAUUUAUUUGGAGAGUUUUAUUCUCUGUUUGCAUUUCUUCCUCAGGUCGAUCAGCAGUUCUUUUUUAAGCCUCUGGGCUGUUUGCCUUUGAUCUCAGCCAAAACAGUACAUGACUCUUUAAUCACAAGCCACGUAGCGACCUAAGAUAAUCACCUCCUGACUUGUUCUACUGGCGGUGUCUGCAUUGAUAAUGAAUCUGCUGUCUGCCAGGGUCCAUGCGACCUUCCUUGCGAAGAGUGACUUCAUUGUAAUCUGUAACUUUCCUGCUUGUCUCCUUCUGUGGCCCUUCACCUGAUUAGUGCAAAGUGGAAGAGAAGUGCUAACGCCAUGCAAACCUUAGAGAGGAAGAGGGUCUGAGCGCUUUUCUGAGAGCCAGUGACAGCUUGUGGCUUUUUUGCUUCAUGUUAAUAUACUUCAGAGCUAAAAUAUUUAAACAGUGGCUAACUGGAUCCUUUGGGGGAUUUUCGCUGCCCCUGAUGUAAAGUAGCCCUUGAGGAUUACAAACGAUGUUGUGGAUAUAGUUUUGUUUUAUAAGAUAACUUAUUUGUCACAGCCAAGUGGUCUGUCAUGCUGCACUCUGGACAGGACCUGUAUUUUUUCUACAGUGUCUAAAGAAGUGUUUCUUUUUAUACUGCAGGAAAAUAAAUGGCCUUCGGAUUUCAGAUAGUUUGGUUUUAAAGUCACAAUGAAAUGGCAUUUUUGAGAGCGUCUUGCUCCUAAGUGUGACAAGUUAGCAAUUGCAAAUGAAGAGGUAACAAAAACCAAAUUGUACGACACAGUUGUUCAGAAAAAAACAUAAUAAAACUGUACAGCUGGAACCAGACUACAUUUUGAAUGAGUUUGUAUGAAUUCCUUAGAUUCGUUGAAGGUAAAUUUCAAUGCCACAGCAUACGUCAGUGUUUCCAGAGGCAAAACAGCAUUUUAAAUAAGAAUAGAAUUUAUAUCAUAAAUUAAUGCCACAUAAAUGUGUAAAAUCAGCAUGCAAAAUAUACACUAAACUAACUUGUCUAAAAAUGAAAUCACAGUUUCUGCAGUAUGGUGUUGUAAUUUAUUAGUUAAUUUAACAGGAAAAAAAUAAUAGUCAAUAAACAUGGUGGUAAAUGAGCCAGAAUUAGCCAAAAGGCUAAAGAACUUGUUUAUUUACUGCACUUUUAUGAGCCAAGUAAGCAUGAAAGCUAUAUCAAUUUUAAUAAGAUUCUCUUAGCUAGCUUUAGCUUAAGCUACAUUUUUUCCCCUUGUGAAUAUUCCAAAUCACAUUUUUGAUGAACAGACAUAUUUCAUUUCAUCAUCUAUGAAUUUAGACCUGCUAAAAGUUGACUAGCGUAGCUUAGCAGAGUAGCAGAACUGCCAUCUCAGCCUCUGACUGUCGUGGAAUUCACAUUCUUUAUUGUGGUCAAGCUACUUUUAAAUCACCCAUGUAAUGAUAUUAAAUUAAGUAUUAAAGUAUCAUUCCCAUUUCAAGUGGACUGUUACCAAAUAGUGGUUCAUUCAGUUAUUAUGUUUGGUCUGUGCCAAUGAUUUUGGGGCCUACAUCCAAUGUGCCUGUUACACAGUUUCCCAGCCUGAAUAUGUUUUACUCUUUAUUUGUCAACUUCAACUUUUCCAAAGGGCACUCACACACAUUUAGUCAGACACUGUAAUACAUGCAAUUUAAAAACAUAUUCAAGACAUAACAUUUAUAUAUAGAUAUAGAUGUAUAUUCAGUUUUUAACACGAGUACUAUCACUUCACUUCAAAAACGUCCUCAAUAGGCUGAGUUGUGUAGCUGUCAUUUGCAACAUAUUUAAUUUUAGACUUGUGUUAUAUUUCAUUGUGACUUUAAAAACAGCUAUUGGAGAGGAAUUGUUUUACACUUUCCCUCUAGAGAAUCACAUGUCAUCACAAGGGUUAAGGGUUAGAGGUAAGACUACGGUCAGGGUUUAGACUUUAACUGUAGGACAUUUCCGGUGCAUCGGGGGGCACACCAGCUGCUGUCAGGGGGAUCGAAAGUCCCACUGACCCUGAAGCCCCGCAGGAUGUUUUAUUUAUAUAACAUUUUCUAUGUAUGAGUAUGUGUUAUGUAUACAUUAUCUGCCUUGAAAAGGUAAUUUCGUGCAAAGUAUUGACACGUUUGAUCCCUGCUUGAUUCGUUGUAAAAGAUGCUCCUCCGACAGACUUUAACUGCAUGAUUCUGGAUCUAUGUUCCUGUCUCAUGAUGCUACUGAAAGCAGUUCACUGACUGUACUCUUUGUCUUAGUAUCCUUUCUACUGUUGUGUAAUACAGAUGGAUUAUCAUGUUUUUUACGAGGGCCAAGAGUCCCUGGUUGCUAUGGAACAUUUAUGAAAACAAGAAUGACCUGCAGAAAACCUUCUGGCAUGUCUUUAAUCUUCUUCUGAUGCUGCUGACAGGACAAAAUAACGCAAAUCUGCAAAAAGGGAAGUUUUGUAAGAAACUGAAACAAAAACAGAAAAACAUUUGAAAUUGACCUUUUCUCUUUUUUUGCAGUUUUGUGUUAUUUUCCUUUCCAGCAGAGCGAUGCUGCUCAACAAAACAUGGGAGUCAGUGCAAUACAGCCUGCUGGUGUUUCCUAAAUCACAACAAAACCAAUAAUACAAGAAGAAGAAAUAUCGGAAUGAAAGGGCUUAAUCUCCUUAAUGCUAGAUGGGCUGUUUGUUAUUCAGCAGCAUGUGAUCUGAACAAUUUACUUUGAAAAUCUGCUGCAAGAUUACUGUAAAUAUGUAGGUGUUAUCAUGUGAUUAAACUGAGAUACUCUGAUAAGUGUCUUUUGGAUUGAUUUGAUAUGAAAAUCCAAUUUUUCACAGCAUAGUUGGGAUGGUCUUUUUGAAAAUCAAAUCUAAUUGCGAUGAAUUAUCACUUCUUCAAUCCCUCAACAACAGAACAAUCCCUAGCAGCUUGAUCCCUAAUCCCCAUUGCGUUGCCAGUUAUUCUUGCUGUUAAGAGCUGGUGUGCCUGGGCCUUUAUUCUUAAUUUUUGAAUACUGACCAGCGCUUGUCAAGGGGUGAGAUAAGUAAAUACACAGAGUAAAUCCAGUAAUUUCCUGUAUUAUUAAACAUUAAUUCAGGGUACAAUAAUUGACAGUAAUUCAGCAGUAUAGUACUGCAUUCUGAUUGCUAUAAUGUGUUUUUAAAAUGAUGUACAGUGUCAAUUUAAAUUAGAUUCCCCCCAAAAUCCAAAAUCUAACAUGUUAUAAAGUUUUGCAAUGCUUGUAAUCCCUCCAACUGUAAUGCAUUCCUCCGGCUGUAUCCAGUGUGUCCCUCUGCAGAGAGUCCUGCUUUAUUUGGCUCACAUGACUGUUCUGUUUCACAUGACGUGACUAUUUGCGUUUGAUGCCAUUGAUUAGACUCACAUGAAAGUUAUUGAUUUGGUGAGAGAACAUUGUACAGCGUUCUACUUUGACAUAACAGAGAUGUUGUCGUUGAUAUGGAAGUCGCUUCAGAAAUGGUGUGAUGAUGUAACCAUGUUUUGAUCAACAAGGCUUGAUAAAG